AUGGAGCAGGUUCGCCGAGGUCGAAGCUCCGCAACCCUAGACCUUAACAUCAAUCCACGCAGACUGCGUCUCGCCGACCAGAACUCACGAGAACGCUCCUAUGUGAGUGUGCAAUACAUCGACAUGACCAUCAACCCUACAUAUCUGGCCCAAAGGUCGCGGUCGUCCAUUAACUGGGCAGAUGCGCAACGACGAGUUCUCAGAUCAUACCGCGAAUGGCUCAGAGCUAGCCCUGAGAUCCAGUCGAUGUACUCCCUGAACAUGCCAGUCUCCAAGAUCCGGACGAAAGUCAGACAAGAGUUUGAGAAACACAGAUAUGUCAAUCAUCUACAGGCGGUGGAUGUUUUGCUCCAACAGAGCCACGCCGAAUUCCAAGAAACACUUAACUUCUGGAAACAGAAUUCGCACAUAAUGAAGUACUGGAGAACGGAAGAGGACGAGAACGCCAGGUUACCAAAGAACUUCAUGUCUGGAUUCCUUGAGGGACGGAACUAGAAGUCAUGGUACCAACCACUGUACAUAGCUAAACCAGAAAACCCCCAGCGCCUUCGCAAUGCAUCACCAAAAUCGAUAAAUCAUUACGAUUUCUGUGCAUCAAAUUCGUCUCGUGCUUGGGUGAACUUUUCAGUAAUCACAUCGCAGGCGUCCAUCAUGUCAACGAGGCCCUUUCGCAGGGCAUCAACCGCUGUCGUCCGCGUAUCUUCUGCUUGGAGUUAGAGACUCUGCUGGCUGCGCUCGGUCUCGAGGACUUCUUGACUUACCCCAAGUCUGGAUGCGAAUGUUCAUUUUCGUCUCGGAGGGAUGGGGAAUAGUGUAUCCGCAGAAUUCUACGUCGGGACUGGAAACAUAUUAGAACUGGCCCACCGGCACUGAGUGAAGUUUGAAAGUUGCAUUUACUUUUUGUUGACAAAAUACCGUAAGGCAUUGCCUAGAGUGUGAUCUUCCUUUUCAAUUUGGAAUGACGCAGCAUGAGUAGAUGCGCCUGGCAGCUAAGUGUCGUAAGUAUUAGAAAGGGAGGCCUUUCGCAAGGUGGAGAGGGAUUUUGCUAAACCUACAAUGACCAGCUUCGGC